UUCAGAAAUGUUUUCAUCAACUGAUCAACAACAUUUAAUCUCUUCUUCAUCCAUUUGUCCAGAAGAUUCAGCAAUUAAAUCAAUUCUGACAACAAAUGGAAGUACGGAUGAUUUAAGUAGUACAACAAAUGAUGAUGAUAAUGGAAGUAUUAGAUGGUUGGAUUUUGAUUUAAUUGAUAGAAUUUCUAUACAAACACAAACUUUGGAAGAAAUUAUGAAUGAGAAAAAUGAAUUUUUACUGGACGAAGAAUCUGAAGAAUUAUUUGGAGGUCUUAGCCCUUUUCCCCCAGCUUAUGGUGCUGAAAGCUCUUCAGUAGCUGGUGUUAAUAUGCCAAAAAUUCUUCCAAUGGGGAGAUAUGGAUCUGUGCCUGCAGAAUUACCUAAAAGUUAUAAACUUGAUUCUCCUUUGGUUUUGAAAAGAGAAGAUACAAUUUCGCAACAAAUAAACACCAAAACCCAACCUAAAUAUGGCCAUCUAACUUCUCUAUGUAUCGGUAGACGUUUAUUGUCUAUUGGAACAUCACAAGGAUUUUGUUUAAUUUUUGAAAAGGAGGGAUCUCAAAAAUUGUUGCAUUCUGUUCAAUCAGGAGAUUCUUCGUUUGGCUCAAUUUCCUGUAUGGAUUUCUCAGUCGACCAAACUCGUUUAGCUGUUGGAUUUAGCACUGGGGCUCUAUUUAUUUUUGAUACAAACACGAAAAGAAAUACAAAUAAAUUUAUUUUUAAAUCAAAUGAUGUUGUUCAACCUGGACGUGGAUUAAUACAUCUUAAAUAUAUUACAAGUAAUGUACUCUUAAUUGUCGACAAUGGAGGUAAUGUAUAUGAAUUUCAUGAGAAGAGACGAUUAAACAGACGUAAGGAUGGCAAUGUUCGGUGUAUAUUUACUGGAUGUAAAGGAGAAGUGCUAAAGUAUUUUUUAUUUAAUUUUUAA